UAAAAUCUCAACUCGUUUGCUCUUCUCCAUUACUCCUCUCACAUUCACCUAAUUGUAACUACUUUUCAGAUUUUCAAUGGGUUCUUCAUCAACAACAACAUUAGUAUCAAGGAGAAGAACUCAGGCUCCGAAACCCGCGAGAACAGCGAUGAGGAAUAAGCCGCAAUCAAGUUUAAUUGUUGACGAUGCAUUUAGUGAUACGAUAUGUGAGAAAUGUGGAUCUGGAGGAUACCCAGCUCAGCUUCUGCUUUGUGAUAAAUGCGACUGUGGGUUUCAUCUGUUUUGCUUAAGACCCAUUCUUCCUUCAGUACCCAAAGGCUCCUGGUUUUGUCCCUCUUGCGAUGACGACGGCGAAAAUCUGCCCAAAUUUUCCCUUGUACAAACAAAGAUAGUUGAUUUUUUCAGGAUUCAGAGACCGUCAAGUUCAAUCAACGAGCUUAAUCCAGGCAAAGAUAGCCAGAAAAAGAGAAAACGUAGUAGUAGCUUGGUAAUGUCAAAGAAGAGAAGAAGGUUAUUGCCGUUCAAUCCUAUCAAGGAUCCUGCCCGCAGAUUGGAACAAAUGUCAUCUCUUGCUACUGCCUUGUUAGCAGCCGGAGCAGAAUUCAGUAAUGAGCUUACCUAUAUGCCAGGCAUGGCCCCUCGAUCAGCUAAUAAUGCAGCACUCGAGCGAGAGGGAAUGCAGGUAUUAUCUAAAGACGAUACAGACACUUUAGAUUUGUGCAAGAACAUGAUGAAGCAGGGUGAAUGGCCACCACUCAUGGUUGUUUUUGAUCCCAAAGAGGGAUUUACUGUUGAAGCAGAUGUGUUCAUAAGAGACUGGACAAUCAUUACAGAAUAUGUUGGAGAUGUUGAUUACUUGAAUAACCGUGAAGCUGAUGAUGGAGAUAGCAUGAUGACUCUUUUAAGUACUAAUGAUCCAUCAAAAGACCUCGUCAUUUGUCCUGAUAAGCGCAGUAAUAUUGCUCGUUUCAUCAAUGGGAUAAACAAUCAUACUCCUGAAGGGAAGAAGAAGCAGAAUGUGAAGUGUGUGAGAUUUGACGUUAAUGGUGAAAGCCGAGUUCUAUUAAUCGCAAACAGAGAUAUUCGGAAGGGAGAGAGGCUAUAUUAUGACUAUAAUGGUUAUGAAAAUGAAUAUCCAACAGAGCACUUUGUUUGACCUGAUAGGUUCCAAACUGAUUUGUCCAGCUUUGGUUUCUAAUUUUUUUGAUCUAUUGACUCAUAGCAGCAAUGCCUUGUAAACACAAGGGCUAAAUGGAGGGAUAUACAAGAAUGAUAAUGUCAGAUUCCUUGUUUUUGAUCUAAUUAUCCAGUCUCACAUUUCAUACCUUCAAAGAUAUUUUGUGGCUGAUACAUGACAAGCUGAGAAGAUCUUGCGUACAAAUAUUAGCUAGAAUUUGAUUCAUCAUGUAAAUGCUUCAAGUUAAUCUACAGCUUUGUCUUGGUUCUGGAGAAAGUGUUCUCAGGAAAUUCUGAUCUUUGUAACUCAUGUUUGCCCAGAGGGAAGUUCCUUAACCUAUCCAAGCAGAACUUCUAUGCUUGAAAUUUUAACAUUUUGAUUGAUAUCAGACUUGUUGAAUUGAAUUUGGAAAAGUCUCAUUUUUACUUAGUAUUGUUA